AGCGUUAAAAUAUGUAGGAUAUACGAUUAGUAUACAAAAAGGAUAUUUUAAAUAUACGAAGUUUAAUAAACAAUUUAUAACAGUAUAACAAAAUAUAAAUAUGCCAUAGUGGCAUUCCUGUACAGCGCGCAUCAUUUCAUAAAUUUGAAAUAUCCCAACGUAAUCAUAUUUUCUAAUCAAAAUAAAUUAAAAAGAGAUAUUCGAAAUAUCUAUUGUCUUAAUUCAUAGCAUGAAUCCAGCAAAAGGAAUUAUCAAUAUAAAUACACUGGAGGAGUUGGAGUAUCGACGUUGCACCUGGUGGAGUAGUUUUCUAGAGAAUAUGAGUGAACGUGAAGAUGGUGAAGUUUACGAUGUGAAUUCGAUUGCUGAAAAAUUUGAUGACAAUACAUCCAGUGAUGAUGCAGAUGAAGCAGAGGAAGUGCAAGUGCUUGAAGAUAUCGAAUAUCAUAAUUUAAUGAAUCAAUCAACACAACAAGAAAAAACUACUUUCAUAAUGGAAUCAGAAGAAAUGCAAGAUAUUUUAAAUUCAACGCGUCCCGUAUUAAAAGAACAUGAGUUAAAAUUAAAGGCAUCAGGUUUAGAAAGAAUUAUGAACACAUUUGACUCGGCACGUAUUGAAAGAGAAGUUGGCGGAUGGAUGCGUCGAAACCGUUGUGCAAUCACGACCCAAGCUGCUAUUCAAACUGAUUCCGACACUGAUUCAUCAAUGUCCUGUGAAGAUGAUCAUUAUAUAAGAUCUGUACAAAAGUGCCAUCACAUGCGAAAACCGAAACAUAUUCAAUAUUUCAAAAAGUGUAAAAGUUAUCAAACAGCUUGUUGCAAAUAUGGAAUGUUGGUUGAACCAAAACCGCGUCGGUCGUAUACUUGUAAUUGUUACAAAUAUAACUCAAUGAGAUCUCCAAAAUGUUGGAAAAUGCCAAGUACUGACGAGCCAGAAAUUAUCGACAAACGAUACGGGAAACAUAAGCAUAAAAUGCGUAAUUGUAUACCAGAGUGCGGUUCUAGUUCGGCUUCCGAUUACGAUUGUCAAGAGAGACUUUGCUUUAAGCGAAAUAUGACACCGUCAUCGCACACUGAACGUCUGGCUGAUAAAAGAUGUUUUAAGACGGUCGGAAAACCUAUAUUACAAAACGGAAGCGGAACUCGAAUGAUGUCCAUGAUGGAAAACGUAUACGAAACUCCAACCAAAUCCACAGUAGCAAAAGCUAGUAUUCCCAAUACUGCACCAUCGAAGAUCAGUACUAAACGCGGAGCUGCCAGGAAAGCAUUGUCAUUACUGAAUACAAAUAAUAAAAGAGGAAAUGCGAAAUCCACCAAAUCAAAACGUACCGUUAAAACCCAAGAAAAUCAAAAAAGUUCGUCAGAAGGUGACACAACUUUUGAAAACGAUCUUAAAAGUGCUAUAGCGCUGUCUUUGCAAAGUCUCAAACAAAAUCGUAAUUCCGAAUCCUCUGUACAACAACAACAACCGAGUACCUCGUCAGAGAGCACAAAUAACUCAUUACAGUUAGCUGGAAGUUCUCGAAAUGGAAAUGGAGUACAAGAAUCAGUGUCAACUACUAAAACAAGAAAGAAAACGGAGGGGAGUAAUAAACCGCCAUCCAAAUCAGUGAAAAAACAAAGCCAAAUAAAAAAAGUAAAUCGUAAAACCAAUGAAGCGAAAGAGAACACUUUUCUUAACAAUUUAGAAAACAUUUGCAAUUCAACGGCGCUUAAUGGUGCAGCUGCGAGCAAACAAUUACCAAGCUGCCUGCCAGCUAUACCCGAAAAUUCAGAGUGUUCGCCAACUGCAUCGCCCUGUACAGAAAAUGAAGAGCAUACAGUGCGUAAGCUAACUACUAACCAGUCGCCAGCGCAGAAAGAAAGUCCGAUCGGAGGUUCCGUAGCAAAUUCUAAAAUGGAAACACAAUUUAAAAAUGUCUUCAGUUCAACAACAAUACAUGGCACGGCAGUUAGCAAGUCGUUAAUUACAACCUCACCGCCUGUAAAAGAACAAGUCACACCUUGUAAACCAAAAUCAAAAAAAGUGGGAAUACGUAACGCCGCUACCGAACCACGCCGCAAACAAAAGCGCAAUAUGGUGAAUAAUAAAACAAUGGGUUAUCGUUCAAGUGUUUCGCCUACACCUGCAAGUGUUGCAAAAAUAAAACCAAAUCGAAUAAUGCUAUAUACACCACAACGUAAGGCCCGUACAUUGGAUGGACAUUUUCAAGUAACUAAAGAACUUAUGAGCAGUGUAAUUGGUGAAGAGCACACACGCAGAUUUUUCAAGUACCAUAUUGGAAAACUUACAUUUCCCAAAAGUUCCACAGUAUAUUACUGUCCGCCUGAGACGGACCUCUCGAGUUCUGAUAGCGAUGACGAUCCACUGCUAAAGGUUGGCUGCUGCGGCGAACUUUAUGAAUCUGAAAAGCUGGACGACAGCAAUGAAGUCUAAGGUCAAUUUACCACUUUUAUUUUGUUAACUUUCGUAUACUUAACUAGUGUUUUGUUUGACAUAAAUACACUUGACUCUUUAAAUUGUCCCAUAUGAAAAGAAUUGUUUGGUUAAGAAAAUAAAAUAUUAACAAUAAGUUUA